AUGGCUGCUUUCACUUGUACCUCUCGUCCUCCGGUUUCUCUCCGCUCAGAGACGAGAAUCGCAUCCUCACCAUCAGCUUCUCUCUCUGCUCGGCGGAUGUUCGCCGUCUUACCGGAAUCGGGUGGAUUGCGAGUCCGUCUUUCUCUCUCUCCGGCGUCGUUGACCUCGAUUAAUCCUAGGGUUUCUCGACUACGAAGAGGUGUCGUCUGUGAAGCUCAGGAGACUACUACGGAUAUAGUUUCAGUAGUCAACGACACGACGUGGGAAUCUCUAGUUCUCAAGGCAGACGGGCCAGUACUGGUCGACUUUUGGGCACCGUGGUGUGGACCAUGCAAAAUGAUUGACCCGCUCGUGAACGAGCUAGCGCAACAGUACACAGGGAAGGUCAAGUUCUACAAGCUAAACACCGACGAGUCUCCUUCAACACCGAGCCAGUACAAUGUUAGAAGCAUCCCAACGAUCAUGAUCUUUGUCAAAGGCGAGAAGAAGGAUGCAAUCAUAGGUGCAGUGCCCAAAAUCACACUCACUAAUAGCAUCGACAAAUUCUUGCAAUGA